AUGAAAACCUCAAAUUCCUUUCUCCUCACACUCUACACAACACUAACAAUCCUUGCCCUUACACCACAAUCCUCCCUCUCACAACCCAUCAUAGACCAAUUCUACCAAUGCAUAAACCUAAACUCCGAUCUCGCUGUCCCCUUCUCCUCCGCCUUCUUCUCACCCGACAACUCCUCCUUCUCUGUUGCCCUCGAAUCCACCGCCCAAAACCUCCGGAGACUCGUCCCCUCCGUCCCCAAACCCCUCCUCAUCUUCACCCCAUUCAUUGAAAACCAAGUCCAAGCCACUGUCACCUGCGCUCGAGCCAUGGGCCUCCGAAUCCGGGUCCGAAGCGGAGGCCACGACUACGAAGGCCUCUCCUACUCCUCCGAGUCGAACGACGAGCCCUUCGUCCUCCUCGACCUCUCCCGACUGCGGUCGAUCAUCGUCGACCCGGACGAAAAAACCGCGUGGUCCCAAGCCGGGGCCACAAUCGGCGAACUCUACUACCGAAUCUCCCAAAAGAGUUCGAAGCUCGGUUUCCCCGCUGGCCUCUGCGCUAGCCUCGGGAUCGGUGGCCACAUAACCGGUGGGGCUUACGGGCCCUUGAUGAGGAAAUACGGGCUCGGAGCCGACAACGUGCUCGACGCCCGAUUAGUGGACUCCUCCGGGAGGAUCCUCGACCGGGAGUCGAUGGGUGAGGAUCUCUUCUGGGCCAUCCGCGGCGGGGGCGGGGGCAGUUUCGGUAUUUUACUCGCGUGGAAGGUUCGGCUCGUCCCAGUCCCGACCACGACCACGGUUUUCACGGUCUCGAGGACACUCGAGCAAAACGCGACCAAAAUUCUCGCCAAGUGGCAGCAGGUAGCUGACACGAUCGACGAGGACCUCUUUCUCAGGGUCAUCAUACAAAAGAGCAAAAACACGAUUUUGAACCUUUACAACGCGGUGUUUUUUGGCAAGGCGGAGAGGCUGAUUCAGGUGAUGGACGAGAACUUUCCCGAGCUCGGGCUCACGAGAAAGGACUGCACGGAGAUGAACUGGAUCGAGUCGAUUAUGUACAUCACGGGCUACCCGAGCGGGACUCCACCCGAGACCCUACUUCAGGGGAAGUCCUUGUUCAAGAACUACUUCAAGGCGAAGUCGGAUUACGUAACCAAUGCCAUCACGGAAGAAGGGCUCAAGGGCCUUUGGACGAGACUGUUAGACGAGGAAACGCCGUUGAUGAUACUCACGCCUUACGGAGGCAUGAUGAGCCGGAUUCCGGAAGACGAGACACCUUUUCCGCAUAGAAAAGGAGUUAAGUACAUGAUACAGUAUGUGACCACGUGGAAUGAUGAUAAGCCCGAAUCGCAGGCCCGACACAUGGAUUGGAUCAGGAGAGUAUACAACUACAUGGGCCCACACGUAUCAAUGUUGCCAAGACAGGCUUAUGUAAACUAUAGGGAUCUUGAUUUGGGGAUGAACAAGAAUGGGACGAGCUUCAUUGAGGCGGCCUCGUGGGGCGCGAGGUAUUUCAAGGAUAAUUUCGACAGGCUUGUGAAGGUUAAGACGAUGGUCGACAAGGAGGAUUUCUUCAGGCACGAGCAGAGUAUUCCGGUUCUGCCAUUGAUGCACGAGAGAAGAAGCGGAAAGACUGUGUUUCACUGA